AUGAACCAGUGCAUGCACGGGAUGAUCUAUCUGGCGGCUCUGGUGGCUUUUGUCGCCUGUGACGCCCCUCCGGUACCGUUAGAUGACAUCGUUAUUGAGAAAACGUUCGUGCCGGAGCAGUGCGAGCGCGCGGUGAAAGUAGGGGACUAUGUCCGUUACCACUAUAACGGCAUGUUCCCCGAUGGAAAGAAGUUUGACUCCAGGUAUCGUUUUUCCUUUUCUUUUCCUCACUCCUGCAUGCAGUGAGUAGCGUGCACGUCCAUAAACUCAUGUGCGUGUUUUAUUACCGGGUCUUCCAAACAGCCACGCAGGCAGAGAGAGCUAGAGAGAGAGAGCGAGAAAGCGAUAUGGAGAGAGCGUGUGUAAUGUUUACUGUUCAUUUUUUAUUGUUUAUUUUACUUUUGUUUAUGAUCUAUUUCACUUGCUUUGGCAAUGUAAACAUCUGUUUCCCAUGCCAAUAAAGCCCUUUGAAUUGAAUUGAGAGAGAGAGAGAGAGAGAGAGAGAGAGAGAGAGAGAGAGAGAGAUAGAGAGCUGUUCACUCAGAGACAGAGAGACUCUGCUGCAGUCUCCACGACUGAACUAAAGAAUAAGUGAAUAUAACUUAUCACUCCAGAGAAAACAGUUCUCUUGUGCUACUAAAUACACCGGGUGAUAAUACUGUACGGGGGCAAGGGUGUAUACCCAAGUCUACCUGUCCUGCUCUAGGCCAUGCACACACAGGUACAGCCUCCAGGUGUGUGAGUGUAUGUCAUGCAAGGCCAGCAGACGGAUCAGGUUAAACAUCUCAUUAAUAGGUCAUUCAUUCAGUCAUUCAGUCAUUCAUGUAAACCCUUGGGCUAUAGUAGACCAGACCAGUGGGCUCAAGCAUCAAUGUGUGUGGCAAGAACUGAUAUGCGGUUGGCCAGUGUCGUAGUCUAGGCAUGUUAACCACAGUCUCACCACAGCCAACCAAUGACUGCUGACGGGACAUAGAGCCACAUAUGACUGAGUGACUGAGUGAGUGAAUCAGUGAAGUGAGUGAGUGAGUGAGUGAACGAGGGAGUAAAUUAGUGUUUUUCUUGUCUUUCUGUCGUUUUUGGUUGAGAUGUUGACUGCUCCCAUAACGUGUGUGUGUGUGUGUGUGUGUGUGUGUGUGUGUGUUGUGUUUUGCAGCUAUGAUCGCAGCAGCACCUACAAUGUGUAUGUGGGUAAGAAACAGCUGAUUGAAGGGAUGGACAGAGCUCUGGUGGGUAUGUGUGUCAACGAGAGACGCCUGGUCACCAUCCCCCCACAACUGGCCUAUGGGAAGGAAGGAUACGGUAAACUCAUUACAUCAUGUAUAACAUCAGUUAGAACAUAGUUGACAAAGCUUUAAUGGCAUUUAAGCUUAUUAUUGAGGCUUGGGAGAAAAUACAUCUCAACGCCUCCCCUCUAAUCAAUCAACAACUGUAUGUACUCAGCAUGUCAUCUACCUGUAACCUGUGCUUAGGAUGGAGCAGGAUGUUGGGUGUAUGGGUCGCGCGAGCAUUUGUCUGUGUUUGGUCUGUGUACCGCAUGUCUGUGUAGAAGCUGUUGUUUACCGUUUCGGAGGUAUUCAUAAACACACAGAGGAAGAAAGGAAGCAGGACAGGAAGUGGGCGGUCUCAGCUCCAUGUCGAAUCGGCCCACUCUGACAUCACAGACCAGGAAGUGAGCGCUGCCUGGAGCCAAGCUGUUUGUUACUUUACCCAGGGCAGGCUGAGCUAGCUGCUGUCACUGAAUAUCAGAUCAAUCACCUUAGCUUGUCCAUAGAUUAGUGCUGCUAUGAGCUCAGACCAACUCUCUUCAACUAACACAUAGAGGAGGAGUCUUGUUGUAGAAGUUACCCUCAGUCACAGGGGAGACUGCACAGUGUCAGGAGUGUGUUUGUCCAUAUUAGUGUGUGUGUGUGUGUGUAUUAGCAUGUUUUUGUGCGCAUAAAGAGGUCAUCAAGCGGAUUGGUUGGUUUUGCAUGAGGAGAGAUUAGAACAGGAAUGUGUGGCCUGACUUGGCACGUAGAGACUGGUAAAGAGAGAGAAAGAGAGGGGGGAGGGGCAUGUAUGGACAGGUAAAUAUAGGUGUCUCUCUACAGAUUAGUAUGGAAGAGAGACAGAGAGAGAGAGAGAGAGAAAGAGGCAGAGAAACAGAGAGACGAGAGAGAGAGAGAGGGAGAGAGAGAGAGAGAGAGAGAAGAGGAGAGAGAGAGAGGAAGAGAAAAAGAGAGAGGAGAGAGAGAGAAGGAGAGAGAGAGAAAGAGAGAGAGAGAGAGAGAGAUGAGGAGAGAGAGAGAGAGAGAGAGAGAGAGGCAUAAUAGCCAUAAUAUGACAUUUUUAAUGUCUCUAUUCCUUUGAGUGUAAUACAUACUGUUCAUUUUAUUGUUUAUUUCACUUUUUUAAAUUAUCUAUUUCACUUGCUUUGGCAAUAUGUUUCCCAUGCUAAUAAAGCCCUUUGAAAUGAAUUGAGAAGAAGAAAGGGAGGAGGAGUGAGAACCAGGGAGUGAGAGCCAGGGAGUGAGAGCCAGGAUGUGAGAGCCAGGGAGUGAGAGCCAGGGAGUUGGAGGGAGAAACAGUCUUUGCCAGCAGAGAGAACAACUGUCAACUCACCAGUAUGGAUUUAUUCACAACCACCCUCAACUUCUCUACCCCUCCUCCUCCCUUCCUCUUCCCCUCCUCUCAUGUUCCCUCCCUCCCAUAACAAUGUCUGUGGCCUGUUUAUAAUUAAGUGAUAAUGCCCAAGAAGCCGGUGUUUGUUGGAUAUAUUGGCACGGGUGUUGUUAGGCCCAAAACAAAGUUGAGCCAAUAUAUCCAACAAACACCGGCUUCUCGGGCAUUAUCACUUAAUUAUAUCACUUUUAUACAACGGGUUACCAACAUAUUCAAAAAAUAAUUGACAUAUCUUCAUAAAAAAUGUUAUUUUGAUUAAUUUAUUCGUACUAUUUCAUCCUUCCACAAUAUAUAGUCCCAACACAAAUCUUUGGUUGCUAGAGACGCGACCCAGUCGUUCAGUCUUUUUGUUCUGUAUCUAUGGACGCGACCCAGUCAUUCAGUCUUUUUGUUCUGUAUCUAUGGACGCGACCCAGUCGUUCAGUCUUUAUGUUCUGUAUCUAUGGACGCGACCCAGUCAUUCAGUCUUUUUGUUCUGUAUCUAUGGACGCGACCCAGCCGUUCAGUCUUUUUGUUCUGUAUCUAUGGACGCGACCCCAGUUCAUUCAGUCUUUUUGUUCUGUAUCUAUGGACGCGACCCAGUCAUUCAGUCUUUUUGUUCUGUAUCUAUGGACGCGACCCAGUCGUUCAGUCUUUUUGUUCUGUAUCUAUGGACGCGACCCAGUCGUCAGUCUUUUGUUCUGUGUCUGACGCCCAGUCUUCAGUCUUUUUGUUCUGUAUCUAUGACGCGACCCAGUCGUUCAGUCUUUAUGUUCUGUAUCUAUGGACGCGACCCAGUCAUUCAGUCUUUUUGUUCUGUAUCUAUGGACGCGACCCAGCCGUUCAGUCUUUUUGUUCUGUAUCUAUGGACGCGACCCAGUCAUUCAGUCUUUUUGUUCUGUAUCUAUGGACGCGACCCAGUCAUUCAGUCUUUUUGUUCUGUAUCUAUGGACGCGACCCAGCCGUUCAGUCUUUUUGUUCUGUAUCUAUGGACGCGACCCAGCCGCUCAGUCUUUUUGUUCUGUGUCUAUGGACGCGACCCAGUCGUUCAGUCUUUUUGUUCUGUGUCUAUGGACGCGACCCAGUCGUUCAGUCUUUUUGUUCUGUGUCUAUGGACACCACCCAGUCGUUCGUUCUAAAUGUUCUAUUGCCAUACUGGCUGGCAACAUUCUUAUCCCUUGCUGCUAGCUAGCCAACUACGGCUAAUUUACAGUCACGUCAAAAAUGUACUCCAGAAUAACAGCAAAGUAGCUGCAUUUGCAUUUGUUUAAGCUGUUUUCUAGUGACAUUUAUUUGGAUACAUCCAUAACAAUGAGCUAAUGAGGUGUGAUUUCGUCUGGCAUAGAGAAUGUGCUCACUCGUCAGGACACUGUUGUUCAGAGGAGCUAACCAACAACACAGCUACAGUAAUACAAUCACUUCAAACUGAAGCUGGAAAGACUGCAAAUUAGCUGCAUUUUGUUUGACCUUUUUUCAAUGGACAUUUCUUUGGAUAUAUCCAUAAAAAUGAUGCCAGCUGAUUCAUUAUUUCGACCGGCUGACAAACGCUGCCUGCCUCUCUCUCUCGUCCCGACUCCCGACACGUUCAUUACUAUGGGACAGCAGGAGAUUGAAUUUGAAUAUUGAAACAAUGUUGCAAAUGUCGGAGAGACAGACAGCAAGGUUUAUACAAAUCUCCGCUGUUGAAAACGAAAUGUUAGUCUAAAAUAAAUGUGAGAUAAGGUCUACAUGCUUUUUAUAGCGGAGAUCAAGUUUAUAAAGUGCCUGGCUGGGCUGAUGAGACAGUGGAUUGCAUAGUCAGAUGGAACAGAGUAAAUAGGCAUUUUAACGUCAUAGAUUUAACCGGUGGUAACUUGUGGAAUAGACACCGGCUGGAAUGCGGUUUUAACCAAUCAGCAUUCAGGAUUAGACCCACCCCUUGUAUAAUCGCUGAUUAAUUUCCUCCUUGAAAGAGAUAAUUUCAUGUUCAUCUGUCUAGUUUAACAUUGAGAGAGGGGAUGAGAGGAUGAGAGAGAGAGAGAGAGAGAGAUGUUGAGAGAGAGAGAGAGAGAGAGAGAGAGAGGUUGAGAGAGCGAGUUUGAGCGAGAGAGGAGAGGUUUGAGGAAGCGAAGAUAGAGGAGAGAGGGUUGAGAGAGAGAGAGUGAGAGCGGGAGAGAGAGGUUAGAAGCGACUAGAUGAGAUAGAGAGAGGUUGAGAGAUGCGUUAGGAUAGAGGAGAGAAAGAGAUAGAAGGACAGAGAGGACAAGACCUAAAGUCAUUCUUCCUAAUCCUCAGGUGAUGCAUCCUCUAAACCCACCUCCUUUUGACUCUGUUGUUGGACUUUGGGAAACCCCGACGAUGGAUCAGAUGUAACGACGUACACACACUAACACCCUGAAACUGCUCUAGGAAGUAGAGUGCAGACUACGUACGUUACAUACACACACACACAAAACUGCUGGACGGAACACACUGUACGAACUCACGUUAGACACGACAUGCACACCUACUACACAUCUACACACUACUAACACACACUACACACUACUAACACAUCCAACCACUACUAACACACACUACACACUACUAACACACACUACACACUACUAACACACACCUACACUACACUACAACACACCACUACACACACUCUAACACACACUCACACACUACUACCAAAAUCUACACACUACUAACACACACUACACACUACUAACACCAAACCCUACACACUACUAACACAACACCUACACACUACUACACCACCUACACUACUAACACCACCCACAAUCAACAACACACUACUAACACAACACACCACUACAAACACUACUACACACACACUACUACCACACAACUACACCACUACUAACACACACUACACACUACUCACACCAUCUACACACCUACUAACACACACUACACACCUACUAACCACACCUCCACACUACUCACACACCACCCACCACUACACCAUCUACACACACUCCUAACCCCCCUACACACUACUAAACACCACUAAACACUACUACACACACUGUACACACUACUAACACACACUCCACCCAACCUACACACCCACUACACACCCCACUAACCACACACUCCCACUAACACACACUACUACACACCCAUCACACUAUACACCACAACACUAUUAACACACACUACUAACACAGGGAGCGAGAGGGAUGAAGAGACGCCCUGCAAGGAGGGAGAUGAUAGAGGAGAGAGAUGAUAGAGGCAGGGUAGUAUGAGCGUAUUACGAGAGUGGCGAUGCUGCGGCGGGCGUGAUAGGAGCGUACGAUGAUGAGCAUCGAGAGCUAUAGAGGCGCGCUGCUAGAGGAGAGCGAGCUGCUCGGGCGGAGCCUGCCCUGCGCGUGCCUCAGCCUCUGCUGCGCGAGUCUGCUAGCUGCGGCGCCGCUGCUCCGGGGGCGCUAUCUCGCGUCUGGGCGCUGCUAGAGGCGGGCGAUGCUACCGGGAGCGCUGCUCAGUCGGGCGUGCUCGAGGAGGGCUGCUCGCGGAGGGGAUACCGAGGAGGGCUGAUUAGGGCGAGGAGGGGAUAGCUGGAGGAGGAGGGUGACAUUUGUAGUCUUUCCAAUAAAUAAAUGUCUGCUGUACUUGUAGUCUUCUAAUAAGUAUUUGUGCAUUCUCUCCCCAUCUCUCCCUCCCCCUUUCUCCCUCCCCCUCCCCCUCUCCCCCUCCUCCUGUAGCCACACUCGUAUGCGUACCUAUGACACCUACGUGGGGAUUGGCUGGCUGAUCGCUGGCAUGGACCAGGGCCUUCUGGGCAUGUGUGUUGGGGAGAGACGCAUCAUCACCAUGCCCCCGUCACUAGGAUACGGAUCAAAUGGAGAUGGUAAGUGGGUGCUGCUGGGUAAUAGAGUUCUUUCUGAGUGUUAUCCCAGUCCAGGCCUCUCUAAUACUGUAGGACCAGAGAUGGCAUCAUCAGUGUGACGCUCUCUGUCUGUCUGUCUGUCUGUCUCUCUCUCUCUCUCUCUCUCUCUCUGUCACUGUCUCUGUCUCUCGCCCUCUCUCUAUCAUGCACGCUCUCGUCGCUCUCUCUCUUGCUUUCUCUCUCUUUCUCUCUCGCUCGCUCUCAUUCUCUCUUUCUUUCUCUCCUCCUCUCCCUCCUUCCAUCCCUCCAUCCCCACCGCUCUUUCCCUCUCUAGGUAGUGAUAUCCCAGGCCAGGCCUCCCUGGUAUUUGAUGUAGUCCUCCUGGACCUCCAUAACCCUAAAGACGGCGUCAGUAUAACCAACCAGGACAUACCUCAACCCUGCCUCAGGAAGAGUGUGUCUGGGGACUUUAUCAGAUAUCACUAUAACGGAUCACUACUGGACGGGACCUUCUUCGACUCCAGGUGAGGAAGAGUGAGAGAAGGCGAGAGAGAGAGAGUGUGUGUGUGUGUGUGUGUGACUUCAUAAAUAUGUAUAUAAACACUGCUCCUCUAUUUCCUUGUGGUCCUGCUGCAUUGUGUUUAUCCUUUAUAUGUAAUUCUUAUUUUGUACUCAAGGUGGCAGUAUAACCUUACAAAUUAAAGUAGACUGAAAUUAGUUUCUCAUAAGAUUUACUGAAUGAACCAAACAGUAAAAGAGAUAUGGUACUCUUAUCUUACUUGGAAACUACAUGUAAGUUCGGACUGAAUAAGGUGUGGAAUUUAGAUUCUAGACAUUUACUUCAUAGGUAUUUAGAAAUCUUGAAUUUAGAACUUCUGGGUGGGCAAAUGUUUUAAUAUGUUGGUAACUGAUUGUAACGUGUCUCGUUCUGUACAUAUGAUUAUUGUCCUCUGUUGUUUAAUACCACAGUUACUCCCGUAACCGUACAUAUGACACCUACGUGGGUAAGGGCUCUUUGAUUGGUGGGAUGGACGAGGGCCUGAUCGGAGUCUGCAUCGGUGAGAGAAGACGCAUCACUAUCCCACCUCACCUCGGGUACGGAGAGGAGGGCACAGGUAUGUCCAAAAAGAGGGUUUGUGCGUGCGUGUGUUUAGGUUUUCAUGGUACCGUUGUUUAUGGAAAGUUGAUUUCAUCGUCUUUACUGACCUCUGCCAAUCUCUCCUCUCCUCUCCUCUCCUCUCCUCUCCUCUCCUCUCCUCUCCUCUCCUCUCCUCUCCUCUCCUCUCCUCUCCCUCCUCUCCUCUCCUCUCCUCUCCUCUCCUCUCCUCUCCCCUCCCCUCCCCUCCCCUCCCCUCCCCCCCUCCCCUCCCCUCCCCUCCCCUCCCCUCCCCUUCCCUCCCCUCCCUCCCCUCCCUCCCCUCCCCAUCCCUCCUCCCCUCCCCUCCUCUCCUCUCCUCUCCUCUCCUCUCCUCUCCUCUCCCACCAGGUACUAAGAUCCCAGGUUCCGCUGUCUUGGUGUUUGAUAUCCAUAUCAUAGACUUCCACAACCCAUCAGACACAGUGGCGAUCACUACCAGCUAUAAACCAGAGGUGUGUGAGACGCUGGCUAAGAAAGGAGACUUUGUUAAAUACCACUACAACGCUUCGCUAAUGGACGGAUCCUUCAUCGACUCCACGUGAGUAGAAAGACGAAGACACACACUCACACACUCACACACUCACACACUCACACACUCUUCUAACAAUCUCUCUCUCCAGGUAUAACUAUGGGAAGACGUAUAACAUUGUGCUGGGAGCCAACCAGGUGGUCCCAGGGAUGGAGGAAGGGCUGAUGGAGAUGUGUGUUGGAGAGAGAAGACACCUGGUUAUUCCUCCUCACCUGGGCUACGGGGAGAGGGGAGUAGGUGAGUUACACAUGCACACGCACACACACACGCACACACACACACACACACACACACACAUACACACACACACACACGCACACACACACACACACACACACACACUAGUCCACUCCUUCAGUAGCCUCCAACUGCUCUUAAACACUAGUAAAACUAAAUGCAUGCUCUUCAACCGAACGCUGCUUGCACCCGCCCCACCCGACUAGAAUCACUACUCUCGACGGGUCUGACCUAGAGUAUGUGGACAACUACAAAUAUCUAGGUGUCUGGUUAGACUGUAAACUCUCCUUCCAGACUCACAUUAAGAAUCUCCAAUCCAAAGUUAAAUCUAGAAUCGGUUUCCUAUUUCGCAACAAAGCCUCCUUCACUCAUGCUGCCAAACAUGCCCUCGUAAAACUGACUAUCCUACCGAUCCUUGACUUCGGCGAUGUCAUUUACAAAAUAGCCUCCAACACUCUACUCAGCAAAUUGGAUGUAGUCUAUCACAGUGCCAUCCGUUUUGUCUCCAAAGCCCCAUAUACUACCCACCACUGUGACCUGUACGCUCUUGUUGGCUGGUCCUCACUACAUAUUCGUCGCCAAACCCACUGGCUCCAGGCCAUCUAUAAAUCACUGCUAGGCAAAUCCCGCCUUAUCUUAGCUCAUUGGUCACCAUAGCAACACCCACCCGUAGUCUGCGCUCCAGCAGGUAUAUCUCACUGGUCAUCCCCAAAGCCAACACCUCCUUUGGCCGCCAUUCCUUCCAGUUCUCUGCUGCCAAUGACUGGAACAAAUUGCAAAAAUCUCUGAAGCUGGAGACACUUAUCUCCCUCACUAACUUUAAGCAUCAGUUGUCAGAGCACCUUACCGAUCACUGCACCUGUACACAGCCCAUCUGAAAUUAGCCCGCCCAAACUACCUCAUCCCUAUAUUGUUAUUUAUUUUGCUCAUUUGUACCCCAGUAUCUCUAUUUGCACAUCAUCUCUUGCACAUCUAUCAUUCCAGUGUUAAUACUAAUUGUAAUUAUUUUGCACUAUAGCCUAUUUAUUGCCUUACCUCCAUAACUUGCUACAUUUGCACACACUGUAUAUAUAUUUAUUUCUGUUGUAUUUUUGACUUUGUUUUGUUUUACCCCAUAUGUAACUCUGUGUUGUUGUUUUUAUCGCACUGCUUUGCUUUAUCUUGGCCAGGUCGCAGUUGUAAAUGAGAACUUGUUCUCAACUGGUUUACCUGGUUAAAUAAAGGUGCAUUUAAAAAAAAAAAAAAGCGGUUAUUAACCCAUUCAUGUCUAUUGGUAUGUUACAGAUGGUGAGGUGCCGGCCAGUGCUGUCCUGGUCUUCGACAUUGAGAUGAUCGAGAUGGAGGCGGGGCUUCCUGACGGUUACAUGUUCAUCUGGAACCAGGACGUAUCAGCUGACCUCUUCACUGAGAUGGACGCAGACAAGGACCUACAGGUGUUGGCCUCAGAGGUACGCAUCACAGCUAAAUCCCGCCCUCAGCUACACACGAAUAGACAUACACAUGACUGUGGGUCCUCCUGCAUCUCACCUCCUCUCCUUCGUCUGUUCUGAUUGAAGACAACUGGACAGAGUAUGGCUGCAUCUCAGCAGUCUCAAAUGGCCUCCUCUCCUUCAUUUGCACUGAUCUGUAAACACAAUACAAGUGAAAGCAGUGGAACAGAAUAUUUCAUCAGUUCAUUUAAAUCAGUUCAGAAGGAGAGGAGACGAUCAAGUUAUGAUUAACUGAGGCAACUGGCUAACCAAUUCACAAUUCUCCCUCCCCCCUCUCUCUCCCCCCCCUCCCUCCUUCUCCCCUCCCUCCCCCCCUCCCUUUUUCCCUCCCCCCUCUCUCCCUCCCUCCUCCCUCCCUCCCCCCUCCUCUCCCCUCCUCUCUCCUUCCCCUCUCUUCCCCCCUCCCCCCCUCUCUCUCUCCCUCCCCCCUCUCUCCCCCCUCCCCCCACCCCCUUUUCUCUCUCUCCUCUUCUCUCUCUCUUCGGGCCCCCCUCCCCCCUUCUCCUCCUCCCCCUCCCCCCUUGUCUCUCUUCUCCCCCCCCUCCCUCCCUCCCCCCUCUCCCUCCCGCCUUUCCUCCCCCCUCCUUCGCCCCCCCCCCUCGCCCUCCCCCCUCCCUCCCUCCCCUCUCUCUCUCUCCCUCCCCCCUCUCUCCCUCCUUUCCUAUCCCUCUCUCCAGUUCUCAGACUAUAUUCUGCGUCAGGUGAACGAGGGUAAAGGUCGUCUGGCCCCUGGGUUUGAGGCCUAUCGCAUCAUCGAGAACAUGUUCUCCAACCAGGACCGUAAUGGAGACGGAAAGAUCACUGAGGAGGAGUUUAAACUGAAGGCAGAUGAGACCACACACGACGAGCUAUAA